AUGUUGUCAAUCUGUACAGACAAGAUUCUUGUGGUAGUUCCUGGAUACAGUAAAAAGAAAAAUCAAAAUGUAUGGUGUGCCGACGUGAACACUAAACACGCAAAUUAUUACUUGCCCGUUCAACAUGAUGAUGGUGACAUCCCAUCGUAUAAGAAAAGCACUUCGCAACCGCGUCAUACUGCUCGUAUCCUGGGACGCAAAUAUGCUCUGACUGCAACGUCGUACAAAUAUUUGAAGAUUGGAAUCAGCAUAGGACCUGUGCCCACCGUGGAAAUAAUCCUUGAGGACAAUUGUGGGCCCAAGUCCUUCAAGAAGAAGGCCGCGGAGGAAGAGGAGAGGAGCAGGUCGGAGCGGGAGGCCAGGCCGAGGUCGCGCACCUCUAAUGCCUCUACGCUAGUCGACCUUGACGAUGAGGAGGUCUUCGGACCGAUGGAGGACACCCCGUCCCUCGGCGUCAAUAGUGAGGAGGUCCCAUCGACAUCGGGACAAACGGAGGGAGAACUGGUAAUUGCCGAGUCAUCGGAGGAUGCGGCAACACCAGUCCGUGAUAAACGAGGCCGCAAGGCGAAGAACCCUGCGAACACCGAGUCCCGCAAAAAACGCCUCGCCAUCAAAAUGGCGGUGGAGGAGAUCGAGGAGAGGCGACUCAAGGAGGAGGCGGCGCGCAUAGGCGUCGUCCUCCGAAGGGGUGCCUCUGCCUCGAUCAACCCGGAGGCAACGACGGCCCGGGACAAGAGGUCCCUGGAGAGGGCCGCAAAGGCGGACCCGCGUCGGCGAAGUGCGGAGGCACUCUCCGGCGAGUUAGACGGGGCGGCAGCGGAGGUCGAGCGGAUUGCGAAGAAGAGCGCUAAUCUCAAGGGGGACCUGAAAAGGGACCUCAAAGAUGCGGCGCAGACGGUCCGGGAGUGCACUGAGGAGCUGCACAGGCGGGUUGUUCAGGCGGGGGAUGCGGACGGCCUUAGGGCCGAGAAUGCAGACCUCCGCCUGAGGAACGAGUACCUCCACCAGGAGGUCCUUCAGCUGAAGGCCAUGGUGGAGGUUCUCAAGGAGCACUUGGCGGCAGCUAUGCCAAGGGACGUGCAGUGGCGAGUCCCUGGCCCCUCAACGGGUCGGAAGGAGGCGGGGAUGGAAGUGGAGUCCGUCCCGCCUCCAACGCCCGACCCCCUCCCUCAAAGGGAGGAGAGAAGGGUGAAGAAGAGGAGGGUGGUGUGCGACGACGAAGAGUUCGUCGCACCCACCCAACUCCCACUCGCCAACGCGGGGAGUAAGGAGGCAGGAUCGUGGGGGGUCACUCAGACCCCACACGAGGAGACCUUGCCCCCUCGUGCGGAAAUGAGGGCGAGCAAGGCCGCAAAGAGGGAGGAGGACCUCGAUCCGUUCCAAAGGAUCGAGGCUCUACUGGAGCGGAGGCUCGGGGCCUUCCGUCAGGAGAUCCUGGCGGAGAUCAGACCCGGGCCGAGGGUCACCCGGGUGGAGACUAUCGCUCCACCCGGAACCAAGGGCGGGCCAAAUUUGGCAGCCCUGAGGGAGAGGGCGAAAGCGGCUCCUGCCGGACCGACUCCUCCUCCCUCAAAAGGGGCCAGGAGUGGACCCGCGAGGAAGAAGGCUGAGGUGAAGAAGACUUCACCUCAGCCUGCCAAGGAGGUGGCGGCUGUUGCGGCACAGCCUUCGUCCGGCUCCCCGGCCCAAACGGCGGAGACAUGGACGAGGGUCCUGGGCCGCAAGGCCAAGAGGACGGCAGCCAAAGAGGAGGCGGCCAAGAAGGCCCCCCAGGCUCCCUCCCAAACCCAGAAGAGUAAGGGAGGGGCCUUGAAGGGGGCAGGUAAGGGGGGGGCCAAAGUCCCGGUCGAGGGUGAAUCUCCCUCGCAUCUCUCCGGCGUCGGCGAUCACGCUGACCAUUCCGGAGGGGUGUGA